UCCCAGGGGAAGGAGCUCAACAUGGGCAGCUCCCAGGGUGGCUCCCUGCAGCGUGGGCCAUCUGCUCCCUUCCCAAGACCCUGAGUUUUCAGCCUCCAGGCUCACAAAGGUCAGGAGUGGGAGCUGUGCUGUGGGAAGCUGCCUGGACUGCACUCGGCAAGCAUGGCGCUGCUGAAGGUCAAAUUUGACCAGAUGAAGCGGGUGAAAUUGGCCCAAGGGCUCUGGCUCAUGAACUGGCUCUCGGUGUUGGCUGGCAUCGUCAUCUUCAGCCUAGGGCUAUUCCUUAAGAUCGAACUGCGGAAGAGGAGUGAAGUGAUGAAUAAUUCAGAGAGCCAUUUUGUGCCCAACUCCUUGAUAGGGAUGGGGAUGCUAUCCUGUGUCUUCAACUCUCUGGCGGGCAAGAUCUGCUAUGACGCCCUGGACCCUGCCAAGUACGCCAAGUGGAAGCCCUGGCUGAAGCCAUACUUGGCUGUCUGUGUCCUCUUCAACAUUGCCCUCUUGCUGGUGACCCUCUGCUGCUUCCUCAUGCGGGGCUCCCUGGAGAGCACCCUGGCCCACGGGCUCAAGAAUGGCAUGAAGUACUACCGAGACACAGAUACCCCUGGCAGGUGUUUCAUGAAGAAGACCAUCGACAUGCUGCAGAUUGAGUUCAAAUGCUGUGGCAACAAUGGCUUUCGAGACUGGUUUGAGAUUCAGUGGAUCAGCAAUCGCUACCUGGACUUCUCCUCCAAAGAAGUCAAAGAUCGCAUCAAGAGCAAUGUGGAUGGGCGAUACCUGGUGGAUGGCGUUCCCUUCAGCUGCUGCAACCCCAGCUCACCACGGCCCUGCAUUCAGUACCAGCUCACCAACAACUCAGCGCAUUACAGCUACGACCACCAGACAGAGGAGCUGAACCUAUGGGUGAAUGGCUGCAGGGCCACCCUGCUGAACUACUACAGCAGCCUCAUGAACUCCAUGGGUGCUGUCGCCCUCCUUGUCUGGCUCUUUGAGGUGACCAUCACAAUUGGCCUGCGCUACCUACACACAGCACUGGAAAGUGUGUCCAACCCGGAAGACCCUGAGUGUGAGAGUGAGGGCUGGCUUCUGGAAAAGAGUGUGUCGGAGACUUGGAAGGCCUUUUUGAAGAGUCUGAAAAAGUUGGGCAAGAGUAACCAGGUGGAAGCUGAGGGUGCGGAUGCGGGCCAGGCCCCAGAGGCUGGCUGAUGGCCCCGGGGCACCCUCCCCUCCUGAACACGGAGAAGUAGCGGACUCCAAAAAGUGGAUACACCCCCAUCCAAUCUGAAUCUCCCAAGGAGGAUGGCAAUUUUACAGAGACUCUUCUGGAUGGUGGGAUUUAAAGUUUAGGAUCCCUAAAAGCAUUUGGCAAACAUUUGUUGAAUGACCUAAAAAUGAACGAACCCCUACUCAGGCCCACUACUUUUGGAUAUGCCCUCACGGUGGACUCUUCACGGAUCACUCUUCAUAGCACAUGAAUUCAGUUCCACCCUGAAGCUACUGGCCACACAUGAGGGCAGCUCCCCUUUAAAGUGUAUGCCAUCACGAGCUCCAAGUUGCUUCAUUCUGUAUCCAAAGCGUCACUCGGUACACAGGCAGAGAAGUCUAAAAAAUGUCCUGGCCAUGUUGUCAUCUUUUUUUUUUUUUUUUUUUUUAAUGCCAAGAUCGACAGGUCAGCCAUUUUAUUUGUGUAAUUGUGGAAGGAGGGGGGGCAUUAUACUUUUCUAAGAGUAAUGCACUCUCAAAGCACUGAGGGCUUCACAAGAGGAAGCCUUCAAUCAUGGGGCAAAAUAACCUAAAGACAGGGGAUUACUUUCUCACCAAAAACACAGUUAAAGGCUACUUUUGUGUCACAGUCCCAUGCCCUCAGUUAGCCUGGAGUGAGCCAUGGGCUGAGGAAGUCAGGUUAUUUGCAUGUUCCGGCAACAUAUCACCCCUCAAGUGCCAGCUGACCUCCUUUGGCUUGUCUGCGGAAGCACUGGGUUAGGUGGUUGCCCUUUACUGGAAGAGGAGCAACAAUCAGAUAAGAGUCCAUCCUUUGGAGACCAGGCCUCACCUCUUGAGGGGCCCAGGAAUACCCACACAGGUGGCCAUGACAGCCUCCAUGGACCACACGUAUGGUCUACAUUGGAGCGCAAGGUAUCCUCUGGGAGAUUCUUCCUGUUUCUUUUCCCAAAUACCCAUCCUGCAAAGCAAUAUUUCUGGAAUGCCUCUGUAUUAAAGAAGAUUCCUUGAGACCGUCCAUCUUCCCGAGCUAGUGAUGGCAAGAGAAAUUUUAACUUCUCUCAGAAAAGAAAAAAAAAGGAAGCUUUUAGGGGAAGGAGAUAAUGACUUUGUUACUGUUCUGAAGUGUUCAGUGGGGAGAAAAAAACUUCUGGUGCUGCCUGGGGUAUGUUCUGGGGCUCUAAUUCUCCCCGGCAUAAGAUCAGAUCAAAGAUAUUUGGACACUGUCAGACUUUGGUCCCAGGUUUAAUUUAAUUAGACUUCUGAGUCUCUUUGAGACCAAAGAAUGGUCCACAUUGAAAAUGCUGAGGGAGUCAGCCACCUCUGACAAGGGGCCUGGAACUCUCUCCCCUCAGGAGUGCUGAGAACCAUCGUGAAUGUGCUGCUCUAGGCCCAUGUGUAACUAUGCUGUUAACAGCUGUAUGAUAGACAUUAAAAAUUACAUUGUG